AUGGCCUCAGAGGAAGCUUCUGGUAAUCCAAAGAGCCCGUCAUCAUCACGAUCCCAGAAUCGAGAGCUGGGAAACAACAGAGCCACAUCGAAGCAAUCUAGGAAGGAGACACGAGUUUCAAAGCCAGGCCUGAGAAAAGAGAUGCUCCAGGAAAAGAAUGCUGUCAAGGAAAAACUAGGACGCCAAGGUCCUCCUCCAGGCUAUGUCUUCGUGCCAAAGGGAGACAUCUACAAUAACUCGCAAUUGUCGAAGUCGUUCACACGAGACGAAACAGAUGGUAUAUACCGUUUACAACCCCAAACCCGCCGCACCCUCGACCUCGACGCCCCCUCCCAAUCCGCCUCCAGCACGCUUGCCGUUCGCACCACGGCGUCGCCCAAAAGGACACACGAGACAUCUCGAAAGCCCGCACUCACCUCUGCUCUCAAUUCCCCGCCAUGCCUACAGGACUCACGGCGCGUGGGGAGGAGCGGCACGGUACAAAGUGAGAAGGUUAGGGUUCAGCUGGCCGUUGAUGCACAUGUUAGGCAUGUGCAUACGGAUUAUGAGGCGUUGUUAACGGCCGGGGUGGGGAAGGGGGACACGAGGGAGAGGAUCUGA